AUGGAAGUAAACGUAAAAUACUGUCGCCAGGAAGGUGAUUUUCUUUUCGAUCCUUCUAUGUAUAGACAACUUGUGGGGAGCCUGAAUUAUUUGACUAUCACUCGGCCUGAUAUUUCAUAUGCUGUUCAGCAAGUAAGUCAGUUUAUGCAAGCACCAACGCAUCUACACUUAUCUGCUCUACGUCGUAUUAUUCGAUAUUUGCAAGGUACUAUUAGCCGAGGUCUUUUCUUCCCUGUGAAUUCUUCCAUUCUUUUAUGUGCAUAUAGUGAUGCUGAUUGGGCUAGCUGUUCUAAUACUCGACGUUCAGUUACUGUUUGGAUUCGAGGAAUAUUGGGUGAACUUGGAUUUCCUCAAAUUGAUCCUACUCCUCUACAUGCAGAUAACACUAGUGCAAUACAAAUUGCUGCUAAUCCAGUAUUUCGUGAGCAUACCAAGCAUAUUGAAGUGGAUUACAUUUUUACUAAGGCUCUCUCACGUCAUCGACAUCAGUUUCUUAUUGGCAAAUUGAUGCUUUCUGACCAUCCACCAUCAAUUUGA